AUGCAGCUGGUGCAACUUUCUGUCCUCUUCCUUGUGCUGACUCACUUCUGCUGGGGUCAGUACACAAUGGUCACUCGGUCUCAGGUCGUCAUGGCGCCCGUGGGCAGUGACAUCACCCUGCCCUGUCAUGUGGAGCCUGCUGCAGACCUCAGGGAGCAGGUGGUGGAGUGGGCGAGACUGGACCUGACUCCACCAUACGUCCACAUCAGACGUGACGGUCUGGACCUCCUCAUAAACCAGAACCCACUGUAUCUGGGCCGGACGGCUCUGUCCGAGUGCUGGCUGCAGAAGGGAGACCUCUCAUUGAGCCUGUCCCGAGUGAAGCUCAGUGAUGAGGGGACGUACCGCUGUUUCUUGCCCCGAACCAACACUGAGGCUCAGGUCACUCUGCGGGUCGUGUCCGUGGCCCCACUCUCGAUCAGUGUGGAGAAGGAUCCCUCAGGGUCAGUGGUGCUGAGGUGUGAGUCCGUGGGCUGGUCCCCGGAGCCAGAGCUGCAGUGGCUGGACUCAGAGGGGACGGUGGUUCUGAGGGCGGAGGCUCAGAGAGGCAGUGAUGAUCUGUUCUCUGUGAGCAGCAGGCUGACAGUGCAGCAGACUCAGGGUAACACAUUUACCUGCAGAGUACAGCAUCAGCCGAGCGGAGCGAGCAGAGAGGCCCGGCUCCACAUCAGCGGUGAGUCCUCUCUCCACAGGUUUGUGUUUCUGUGGCCGAUGAUUUUAAAGAAAAAGGUUUAA